GUUGCUUGGCCGUGAUCAUGUGAUUCAAUCAUGGACGGGACGUACACAUCAGUCUGCGCCGGAGCAAGUUAGUUGUUCAGCAUAAGUUACCAUGGCGAUGAACACAGGUAAAGGUAGAACGACCCUGUGACCAGAUGUGGGUCUGAAUUCACCUGGGAGAAAAGAUGGCGACACCUAAAGAGAUGAUCUUGGAAACAUUGGAGGAUUUGGGAGCCGAGGACUUUAAAAUGUUCAAGUGGUACCUUCAGCAGCAGGGGGUCCUCGAAGGCUUCAGAGCAAUCCGAAAGAGUCAACUAGAGAAUGCCGACAGAAUGGACACAGUGGAUCAAAUGGUCCAAAACUACUGUAUAAACACUAUUAAAGUGACCAGAAUGGUUUUGGUGAAGAUAAAUCAGAAUAGUCUUUUGGAGAAUUUAUCAAACACUGUUUACGAACCUGCAGAGAUUUUUGCCCAGUGUCAGCAUAAACUCAAAUCAAAGCUGAAGAAGAAAUUUCAGUGUUUGUUCGAGAAAAUUACAAAAGCAGGAAAUUCAAAACUCCUAGAAGAGAUAUACACUGAGAUCUACAUCAUAACGGAAGAAAGUGGAGACGUCAACAUGGAACAUGAGAUCAGACAGAUUGAAACAGCAUUCAGGAAACCAGACAGAGCAGAAACAACAAUCAGACAAGUGGACAUCUUUAAAGCCUCACCUAGAAGAGAUGAACCAAUUAGAAGAGUGAUGACAAAGGGGGUGGCUGGCAUUGGGAAAACAGUCUUAACACAGAAGUUCACUCUGGACUGGGCUGAAGACAAAGCCAACCAGGAGAUACAGUUCACAUUUCCGUUCACUUUCAGAGAGCUGAAUGUGCUGAAAGAGAGAAAGUACAGCUUGGUGGAACUUGUUCAUCACUUCUUUACUGAAACCAAAGAAGCAGGAAUCUGCAGGUUUGAAGAGUUCCAGGUUGUGUUCAUCUUUGACGGUCUGGAUGAAUGUCGACUUCCUCUGGACUUUCACAACAAUGAGAUCUUGACUGAUGUUACAGAGUCCACCUCAGUGGAUGUGCUGCUGACAAACCUCAUCAGGGGGAAACUGCUUCCCUCUGCUCAUGUCUGGAUAACCACACGACCUGCAGCAGCCAAUCAGAUCCCUCCUGAGUAUGUCGACAUAGUGACAGAGGUCAGAGGGUUCACGGACUCACAGAAGGAGGAGUACUUCAGGAAGAGAUUCAGAGAUGAGGAGCAGGCCGACAGAAUCAUCUCCCACAUCAAGACAUCACGAAGCCUCCACAUCAUGUGCCACAUCCCAGUCUUCAGCUGGAUCACUGCUACAGUUCUGGAGGAUAUGUUGAAAAGCAGAGAGGGAGGAGAGCUGCCCAAGACCCUGACUGAGAUGUACAUCCACUUCCUGGUGGUUCAGUCCAAGCUGAAGAACGUCAAGUAUGAUGGAAAAACUGAGAGAGAUCCACACUGGAAUCCAGAGAGCAGGAAGAUGAUUGUUUCUCUGGGAAAACUGGCUUUUGAGCAGCUGCAGAAAGGCAACCUGAUCUUCUAUGAAUCAGACCUGACAGAGUGUGGCAUUGAUAUCAGAGCAGCCGCGGUGUACUCAGGAGUGUUCACAGAGAUCUUCAGAGAGGAGAGAGGGCUAUACCAGGACAAGGUGUUCUGCUUUGUCCAUCUGAGCAUUCAGGAGUUUCUGGCUGCUCUUCAUGUCCAUCUGACGUUCAUCAACUCUGGAGUCAAUCUGCUGUCAGAGCCUUCCUUCUUUGCGCUAUUUAGAAACAAAUCUGCAGAAAAAUACCUUUACCAAGAUGCUGUGGAUAAGGCUUUGAAGAGUCCAAAUGGACACCUGGACUUGUUCCUCCGCUUUCUCCUGGGUCUUUCACUGCAGACAAAUCAGACUCUCCUACGAGGCCUGCUGACACCUACAGGAAGUAGCUCAGAGACCAAUCAGGAAACAAUUGAGUACAUCAAGAAGAAGAUCAAUGUGAAACAGUCUGCAGAGAGAAGCAUCAAUCUGUUCCACUGUCUGAAUGAAAUGAACGAUCAUUCUCUACUGGAAGAGAUCCAACAGUAUGUGAGUUCAGGAAGUCUCUCCACAGAUGAACUGUCUCCUGCUCAGUGGUCAGCUCUGGCCUUCAUCUUACUGUCAUCAGAAAAAGAUCUGGACGUGUUUGACCUGAAGAAAUACUCUGCUUCAGAGGAGGCUCUUCUGAGGCUGCUACCAGUGGUCAAAGUUUCAAAUAAAGCUCUACUGGGUUUCUGUAACCUCUCAAAGAGAAGCUGUGCAGCUCUGUCCUCAGUUCUCAGCUCUCAGUCCUCUAGUCUGAGAGAGUUGGAUCUGAGUAACAACAACCUGCAGGAUUCAGGAGUGAAGCUACUGUCUGCUGGACUGGAAAGUCCACACUGUACACUGGAAACUCUCAGUCUGUCAGGAUGUCUUAUCACAGAGGAAGGCUGUGCUUCUCUGGCCUCAGCUCUGAGCUCCAACCCCUCCCAUCUGAAAGAACUGGACCUGAGCUACAAUCAUCCAGGAGCCUUAGGACAGAAGCUGCUACUUCAGUUAAAGAAUGCAGCACACAGUUGA